AAACCCGUAAGUCAGCAAAUCGGCCUGUUGUUUGGAGAGACCGCUCAGAUCGGGGAUGUGUUCGAAAGAGUGACUGUCUCUGAACACAACAACACAAAUAAAGAAACCCCUUUUUCGUUAUUCUCCACGGGGUGCUCUGGCUCUAAGAGAAGACCACAUCCCCCCGGUUAAGAGUUCUUGGUUCCACUCGUGAUGGCUCUGAAGCCAGAGGAGCAGUUGAAGGAGUUCGGAUCCAAGCUUGACCCACUUCCUUCCUCCAAAGAUUCAUUGCUCAAACUCUUCAAGGAAGCUGCUGUUUGUCUUUCUGAGUUGGAGCAGUCUCCACCAGCGUCAGUGCUGCAGUCCAUCCAGCCUUUUCUUGACGCAAUUAUUAAACCUGAAAUUCUCAAGCAUCAAGACAAGGAUGUGAAGCUUCUAGUUGCGAGUUGUUUUUCUGAGAUAACUCGUAUCACAGCACCUGAAGCGCCUUACCAUGAUGACACUAUGAGGGAUAUAUUUCAACUGAUUGUGAGUUCCUUCUCUGGGUUGGAUGAUGUCGGUGGACCAUCAUUUGGAAGGAGGGUUGUUAUUCUCGAAACGGUUGCAAAAUACAGGUCAUGUAUAGUGAUGUUGGAUCUGGAGUGCGAUGAGCUGGUGAAAGAAGUCUUUACUACAUUUCUUGAUGUUGCUAGAGAUGACCAUCCGGAGGUUGUUGUCUCAUCAAUGCAAAAUAUAAUGAUUGUUCUGUUAGAAGAGAGUGAAGAUGUGCAGGAGCAGCUGUUACUAAUUCUACUCUCUAGAUUGGGCAGAAAUAGAAGUGACGUUAGUGACGCGGCGAGAAGACUUGCUAUGAAAGUCAUAGAGCAGUGUGCGCCAAAAGUUGAAUCUGACAUAAAACAAUUCCUUAUCUCUUCAUUGUCUGGAGAUAGCCGGUUUUCCACCAGUCAAAUUGACUGCCAUGAGGUUAUCUAUGAUUUGUACCGCUGUGCUCCUCAGUGCCUAUCCGGAGUUGCACCCUAUCUCACUGGAGAGCUUUUGGCUGAUGAAUUGGAAACUCGUUUGAAAGUUGUCGGAUUGGUCGGAGAGUUGUUUUCCUUGCCUGGACGUGCCAUCUCCGAAGAGUUCAGUUCAGUUUUUGUGGAGUUUUUGAAAAGGCUGACUGAUAGAGUAGUUGAAGUUAGAAUGCUCAUCCUUGACCAUAUUAAGAAGUGUUUGCUCUCAGAUCCUUCGAGAGCCGAGGCUUCCCAAAUUAUAUCUGCUCUUAGUGACCGGCUCUUGGAUUAUGAUGAGAAUAUCCGCAAACAAGUCGUUGCUGUUAUUUGUGAUGUGGCUGCGAGUGCACUGACGUCGAUUCCAAUUGACACUAUAAAGUUGGUUGCUGAAAGGCUCCGAGACAAAGCUAUACUGGUAAAGACAUACACAAUGGAAAGGUUGACUGAACUAUACCGGGUAUAUUGCUUACGGUGUGCUGAAGGGAAGUUAGGCACUGGCGACUUUGAUUGGAUUCCUGGAAAAAUUUUAAGAUGUCUUUAUGACAAAGAUUUCAGAUCAGAUACAAUUGAAUAUACUCUCUGCAGUUCAUUGUUUCCAAGUGAUUUCUCUGUUAGAGAUAAAGUUAAGCACUGGAUAGACAUAUUUUCCGGAUUUGACAACGUGGAGACAAAAGCUUUAGAGAAAAUACUGGAGCAGAGGCAAAGGAUACAACAAGAAAUGCAAAAAUACUUGGCAUUCAAGCAGCUGCAACAGGUUUGCUUAAAUAGUGCUGAUGCUCCGGAGAUGCAGAAAAAGAUCCAAUUUGGAUUCAGAGUCAUGUCACGUGCAUUUUCUGAUCCCCCAAAGGCUGAGCAGAACUUUUUGGUUCUUGACCAACUGAAAGAUGCUAAUAUCUGGAAGAUCUUGAAUAAUCUACUCGAUCCCAACACUAGCAUAGUACAAGCGUCAAAGAUUCGGGAUGAUAUGCUUAAAAUACUUUCUGAAAAGCAUAGUCUCUAUGAAUUUCUCGGCAGUCUCUCCAUAAAGUGUUCUUAUCUCCUAUUCAGUAAGGAAUAUGUGAAAGAGAUGCUGUCAGAAGUCUCUGCUAGAAAGGCUUCUAAAGAUAAUUUGGGCAUUCAAUCCUGCAUGGACUUCUUAGGGCUUCUCGCAAGUUACUGUCCAUCACUGUUUGACGGGGCUGAAGAAGAACUGAUAGGUUUCCUUAAAGAUGAUGAUGAAAUGAUAAAGGAAUGUACUCUUAAAAUUCUGGCGAAGGCAGGUGGUACUAUUCGGGAGAAUCUCAUUGUGUUAUCGAGUUCUGUGGACCUGUUGCUGGAGAGAAUCUGUGUAGAAGGUAACCGUAAGCAGGCUAAGUAUGCUGUGCAAGCACUAGCAUCAAUAACAAAGGAUGAUGGCUUGAAGGCGCUAUCUGUUUUGUACAAGGGACUCGUGGACAUGCUGGACGACAAGAGGUAUCAGCCAGCUGUUCUACAAAGCCUUGGAUGCAUAGCGCAGAUUGCGAUGCCAGUCUUUGAGACUAGAGAAACUGAAAUCGUUGAGUUUAUUAGAAGCAAAAUCCUCAAAACCGAAAGUGAAGCAGUAGAUGACGAGAAGUUAUCCUGGGAUGUCAAAAGUGAAAUUUGUCAACUGAAGAUAUAUGGAAUCAAGACAUUGGUUAAGAGCUACUUGCCGCUCAAGGAUGCUCAUCUUCGCACGGGUGUUGAUGACCUUCUUAUAUUACUGAAAAACAUUCUUUCCUUUGGGGAAAUAUCUGAAGAGAUAGACUCAAGCGUUGUUGACAAAGCCCAUAUGAAACUAGCUGCUGCAAAGGCAAUCCUCCGCCUUUCUAGACACUGGGACGAUAAGAUAUCGAUUGAUAUCUUCCAUUUAACUCUAAAAACCCCUGAGAUAACAUUUCCUAUGGCUAAGAAAAUAUUCCUUGGGAAAGUUCAUCAGUAUAUAAAGGAUCGAGUGUUGGAGACAAAGUAUGCCUGUUCAUUCUUAUUCGACAUCACUGGAUCAAGUGUACUGGUGUCAGAGGAGGAGAAACAGAACCUGGCUGAUGUCAUUCAACAUUCUUACCAAACAAAAGGGCGGAAAGUCUCUGCUCAGACUGAUGCAAAUUCGGUUUCUCCCUACCCUCAUAGUAUCCUACCUUACUUGGUUCACGCACUUGCGCAUCAUUCUUGUCCUGACGUCGAAAAAUGCAAAGAUGUGAAGGAAUAUGAAAUGAUAUAUCGCCAAUUAUACUUGAUCAUUUCUCUGUUACUGCAUAAAGAGGAAGACGGGAAGGCUGAAGAUACUGACAAAGAACAGGAGUGCGUUCCCACCAUUAUAUCUAUCUUCAAUAGUAUAAAACAGUCGGAAGAUGUCACUGAUGCAACAAAGUCAAAGAACUCACAUGCGAUCUGUGAGCUCGGGCUGUCAGUAAUGAAUCAGUUAACUCAGAAAGAGACUGAUCUAAAAGGGGAAUUCACGCCUGUAUCGCUGCCUCCAACACUUUACAAACCUUCUGAAAAAACUGAAGGUGACAACUCUGGGGUUGGUGAAGAGAAAUUGUGGCUAGCUGAUGAAACUGUCUUGGCACACUUUAGUUCUCUCAAGUUGGAGAGUCAUGCUGAUUCAUCUGUGAUACCCCAAGCUUCAGAGCACGAGGGUAUGAAUGAUGACGAAAGUGAUGACAAUGAAAUUCCUCUGGGUAAAAUAGUAGAGCGAUUGAGAGCUCAGAGAACCAAGAGUAGAGAGGGGGAAAAGAACAAAUCUGUUUCAGCUGAAGAUGAGAGCGGUAAAACUGAUGUCGACGUUUUGAAAAUGGUGAGGGAGAUAAAUCUGGACCACUUGCGCACGGUGGAUACAUUUGAGUCCAGUAAUGGACACACACAUUCCCCUGGCAAGAGAUCAAACACAGGUGAAACGGAUCAGAAGGCUACCAAAAGGAGUGCUGGGGAUGGAACAUCAGUAGUUUCAGUCCCUAAACGCCGGAGAUCUUCUUCUGGCCAUAGUCCUUUCAAGUUCUCAAAUAGUGGCUCUAUAAAAGAGUUGCAUGAAGAGAGAGAUAUGGACUCGAACGAUGAAAAUUCAAACCGGGAAAAGAGAUUAGGAAGCAGGUCUUCCCGAACGAAAAAGAAAAUCUUCUCAGAAAAUCAUAGUGAAGAUGGCAACUGCAGUGAUAGGAGUAGGUCAGCAGAAAGUGGUGAUAGAUUGAAGUCUUCCUCUGGAUCAAUGCAGAACCGGAAAAGAAAAGGCGUCACAGGACUGGCUAAGUGCUCCACAGCAGAAAAGAAAAUGGUCACUGAUGAGCUAAUCGGUUGCAAAAUAGAUGUUUGGUGGCCUAUGGAUAAGCGGUUUUAUGAAGGCACGGUAAAAUCUUAUGAUUCGACGAAACAGAAACAUGUGAUACUCUAUGAGGAUGGAGAUGUCGAAGUCCUUCGCCUCGAUAAAGAACGAUGGGAGCUUGUAGACUCGGGAAAGCCCACAAAGAAGACCAAGACAUCAAAGCGAAGUUCUAAUAAGAAAGGAUCUUCUGGAAGUAAGCAUAAGAAUUCAGAUGCCUUGCGAAGGGAUGAAGACCCUAUUCCUACCACGCCAAAAGGGAAAAGAACCCCAAAGAAAUACAUAAGGCAUAAGCACCCGGAAGGAACACCAGGAAGUCCCUCUUUAGAAUAUGAGAAGCUAGAGAGCAGAACCAAGAAAAACCGAUCCAUUGCCAUUCCAGUCGGUGAAGCUGCUGAAGAAACAAAUGAAAAGAAGAUGGAAUCAACCACAGAGCUGAUGACAGAGGAUCAGGAAUAUGGUAAGGAGGCUGGCGAAGAGAAAUCAGAGUCCGAAGGAAAGUUGUCGAAAGAAGGCGAGGAUGAUGAUGAGGAGAAAGUUGAUUUAAAGGAGGCAAAAGCAGAGUCGAGUGGAAACCCUGAGGGGAAAGAAACUGAUGUUGACAACUCAGAUUCUGAGAAGAAACAAGAAAACAGUGAUAUGGAGACAGAAGCUGAAGCUGAAGCUGAAGAUGAUGCCGGGGAUGCUGACGCUUCUGACAAUGAGACUCUUGGAGCGUGGAGAAGCAAAGUGGUUAAGUCAAGCUCCAAGAAAGCAGCAUAGGUGUGUCCUAUGCCAUUAUGUAGAAGAAAUACAGGGAAUAGAAUUUGCGGUGUUUGUCCCCAAGUAUUGGUGGUUACUGCAUUGAUGUGGUGUAUAUGUGAGAUUUGUAGGGUUAGUGAUACAUACUUGUUCUUUCUAACCACCAUGAUGGAAUGAAUGAAUAAUAGGCAAAAAACCAGCUCCUCUUAGACACCUUUAUGUGCUCAUGUAUUGUAGUAUCUAUAUGUGUGUUUAUUUGUAGGGUUGUUUCAUGUUUUUCUGUAAUACUUGACCACUCCCUUAUUACAUUCCUAAACCCCAAAGUGCUCUCCCUUUUGAACUCAA